GCUUAACACAAGAAGAAGAAGAAGAAGAAGGAGAAGGAGAAGGAGGAGGAGGAGGACGCGAGGACAGCAAAGAAAGGAAAACAUGUUGCGCUCAAGAAAGGAAGACCACAUUUGUUUGGGAUUAUAACGCUACUGGACCACGUUUUCUGUAGAUUAUCAUUUAUUUAUUUUUGUUGUUGUUGUUAGAAUCUCCCAACUCACACGGGAGAAAGUUUUGGGAUUUUACUCUCUUGCUCUGUGCUUUUUUUUCGCCCCCCCCCCUCUACCAGCUGCACAUGCGUGGUGGUGCUUUGUGACCUGCUCCAUGCAUCUUCCUCCUGGGCUCGUUUAAACUAUUUAUUUAUUUAUUUUUUAUUUAUUUAUGAUGUAUUUAUUGAAGGUGCUGCUGGGCGUGGCGGUGCUGGCCAUGUUGUUGUGUCAGGGCUUGUGCUCGGGCGUGUUCGAGCUGCGCCUGCAGGAGUUCCUCAACAAGAAGGGCGCGCAGGGCAACAAGAACUGCUGCGGCGGGGGGUCCUCGUCGUCCUCGUCGUCAUCUGCGCAGCAGUGCGCCUGCCAGACCUUCUUCCGGGUGUGCCUGAAGCACUACCAGCCCAACGCGUCGCCCGAACCGCCGUGCACCUACGGCGGCGCCGUGACGCCCGUGCUGGGCGCCAACUCCUUCCAGGUGCCCGACAUCAUCCCGGAAAGCUCCUUUAGCAACCCCAUAAGGAUCAACUUCGGGUUCACUUGGCCGGGGACCUUCUCGCUCAUCAUCGAGGCACUGCACACUAACUCCAAAGACGACUUGUCCACAGAGAACCCGGAGCGCGUGAUCAGCACCAUAAGCACGCAGCGCCACUUGACGGUGGGCGAGGAUUGGUCGCAGGACCUGCACACGGCCGGCCGCACGGAGCUCAAGUACGCGUAUCGCUUCGUGUGCGAUGAGCACUACUACGGCGACGGAUGCUCCGUUUUCUGCCGGCCCCGCGACGACGCCUUCGGCCACUUUACGUGCGGCGAGCGCGGCGAGAUCGUGUGCGACGCCGGAUGGAAAGGGCAAUAUUGCACCGAGCCAAUCUGCCUGCCAGGCUGCGACGACGAGCACGGCUUCUGCGAGAAACCCGGCGAGUGCAAGUGCCGGGUGGGCUUCAAGGGGCGCUACUGCGACGAGUGCAUCAGAUACCCGGGCUGCCUCCAUGGGACGUGCCAGCAGCCCUGGCAGUGCAACUGUCAGGAGGGUUGGGGGGGCCUCUUCUGCAACCAAGACCUGAACUACUGCACGCACCACAAGCCGUGCAUGAAUGGAGCCACUUGUAGCAACACGGGCCAGGGGAGCUACACCUGCUCCUGCAGGCCCGGCUUCACAGGCGCCAGCUGCGAGCUCCAAGUCAACGAAUGCGCUGGGAACCCCUGCCGCAACGGCGGCAGCUGCACUGACUUGGAGAACACGUACAGGUGCGAAUGCCCUCACGGUUUCUACGGCAACAACUGCGAGCUGAGCGCCAUGACGUGUGCCGACGCGCCGUGCUCCAAUGGCGGCCGCUGCAGCGACAACCCCGACGGCGGCUAUUUCUGCCAGUGCCCGACCGGAUACGCCGGCUUCACCUGCGAGAAGAAGAUCGACCACUGCACCUCCGGGCCUUGCUCCAACGGUGCUCGUUGCGUGGAUCUGGUUAACUCAUACCUGUGCCAGUGCCCGGACGGCUUCACGGGCAUGAACUGCGACCACACCGGUGACGAGUGCUCCUCGUACCCCUGCCAGAACGGCGGCACCUGCCAGGACAGCGUCCACGGCUACACCUGCACCUGCCCGCCGGGCUACACGGGGCGCAACUGCAGCUCCCCCAUCAGCCGCUGCGAGCACAACCCAUGCCACAACGGCGCCACCUGCCACGAGAGGAACAACCGCUAUGUCUGCGCCUGCGUCCCGGGUUAUGGCGGACGCAACUGCCAGUUCUUGCUACCUGAGCACGCCGCCAUCCGAGGCACCGAGGUGCCCUGGAUGGCAGUGGGGUCCGGGGUGGCUCUGGUGCUCCUGCUUCUGGCGGGGUGUGCCGUGCUCGUCGGAUUCUUCCGCUCCAAAGUCCAACGUGAUGGCCCCGGGGAAGUGGGCGGCGAGCGCGAAACCAUCAACAACCUGACCAAUAACUGCCAACGUGGCGAGCGGGAUAGCGUGGUGGUGCCAACUCCGGGAGUGAAAAACAUCAACAAAAAGAUGGACUUGUGCAGCGGGGGGGAUCCCGAUGAGGGGGCGGCACCGGGACGGCGGAGCUACAAGAGCAGGCCGCCGCCCGCCGACUACAACCUGGUGCGCGAAGUCAACCACGAGCAGGCGUCCAAAGACGCCAUGUUGGAGGCGGCCUGCGAGGACAAGUGCCAAUCCCUGGACUCGUUUGAGUUUGAGGAGAAACACAGCAAACGCUUAAAAUGUGACCCGUCAGAAAAGAAUAGCCCAGAAACGUCUGCAUGUGCGGACAACAAGUACAAAUCUGUGUUUGUCAUGUCGGAGGAGAAGGACGAAUGUAUAAUUGCAACUGAGGUGUAAAGGGGCCGGCGACGGGCUCGCUCAUUUUGCUGUAUGGGAGAAUUUUUAUGCUCCUGGAUGAGAUGCUGCUCUAAGCUCGCUGCUGCUGAGACCUUUGACUGAUAUUCAGACUGAGCUGGUUCUCGACUGGAAACUUUGGUGGCCUGCGGGAUCGGAACUGGCGGGGUCAUGUAAGGGGGAAAAAAUGUCAAGUUUACGGUUAAACGUGAACGGCCACUUAGCUUUCUGUUCUGCCUCUUUGUCUGGCAUUGGGGGGUACAAAUGAAGAAAAAUAUGAAAUGGAAGGUAUGAGAAAUGAUGAAAAAAAAAAAAAAAAACAGGCACCAAUAUAGGAUUUUUGUGGUUGUUUUUUUUGUUGUUUUGCUGUUGCAACAUUUGCACCCAGGCCUUUUUCUCGAACCCAGGAACCGCAUCAAACGGGGGAUGUUUGGCCAUACUGGCCUCUUCGUAAAAAAAACAAGAGUGGUCGCUCUAUGAACUUUGAACUUUUUUUGCCCUUCAAACUUCCAGUGACAAAAGUAUUGUUGUCCUCUUCUUCCUCCGAACGCUUUCUCACGCAGAUUGUCCUUUUUGUAACAUAUAGAGAAAAAGAACAAGAAAAAGUUAUGAUUUAAUUUAAGUUAAUUUAAGCAUUUUGUGUUAUUCUUAUUUUGUAUUGUAUAUUUGUGCUUGUUUGUCAGGAUUAUUUAAAUUGCUUUCUUUUAACGGAUAACGAUAUUUGCAAAGGCACUUCAGGUCAAUGGGAAACAAAAAAAAAAAAAAAGUUAUUUAAGAGGGAUUGUGCUGUACAUUGUAUUUUUCUGCUCUUUAUCAAUGAAGGAAUUAGCCAAGACUAUUUUUCCAAAUAAAAAAAAAAAGAUGCUAAACGUC